UUGACAUGGCGGAUAAAAACAUUAAGCGAAGAAAGGCCUACGAUAAGGCAAGAAGCACUGUAGGACCCGUGUUAAUAUAGGAUCAGCUUUCCAGUGCUGGAGAGAACUGAAGGAGCUGGAAGGCCUGUGAUGGGACGCCGAGAGAUUUAAGUAAAGUUGGCUGCAUAUUAAAUAUUAAAUAAAGAUGGUCGUAUGUAUUAAAAAGACAUUUCCCUCAAAAGUUCCUUCUCGAUAGUCUCUGAUCUUUCUGGCCUGCAUAGCAGCAGUGGGCCUGGUCUUGUGCCUGUUGCUGCUGGGCAUCUAUUUAAGUUGCCUGUGCUUCUGGCGUAGGAAAGAGGCUGAAGAGACCAAGAGGCCCGACACUUGCUGUGUCACAUGGGCUGCGGUGAUCACAGGCCUGGUCAUAUGCUGCAGCACAUAGAGUCUAGGGAGUGGCCAGUUAGCUGUCCACAAAGCUCCGAUCAUAUAACCGAAACCAUUAUGUGAAUUGAUGGCUGAAAGCCCAGCUGUAGGAAAUGAGGACAUCUCUGAGGCCUCUGAUCUUGUUCUACCUUCCAACAACCAAUCAGCAGCUUAGUGUUAGGACUUGUGUAGUUCUGCAGUGGGAGUGGGUUUCUAUGGCAACAGCGAAACCAACGACGGAAUCUACCAAAUGACCUAUUCACUCUAUAACACCAAUCACACUUUGUCUGGCAUCGAUAGUCAGGUGUCUGGCUCUUUGAGCAACAUGCGGCUGCGACUAAAGGAGCACCUCGCACGGCUGGAUGAGAUCUUUUCGCCUCGGCAGGACUACACCCAGACUGUUCGCUUCAUGCAGCAGAUGGCUGACAAUAUCAUCCGAGAGCUCACUGCCAUGCCCAAUAUCAGCCAGGCCAGACAGGACCUUGCAACAGUCGCUGACCAGGCCAGCUACAUGGAGUACUACAGAUGGCUGAUGUAUCUUCUGCUGCUGAUUCUAGACCUGGUCAUCUGUCUGGGAUGCUGUUUAGGACUGGCGAAGCAUUCUCGCUGGCUGCUCGCUCUUAUUAUGGUGUUAGGUAUGCUGACACUUAUACUGAGCUGGGUAUCACUCGGAGUGGGCAUGGUUACUGCAGUGGGUGCCAGUGACUUUUGUGUGGCACCUGAUAAAUUUAUCGUGAAUCAAACAAAAGACUUUCUGAGAGAAGAUGUAGUCCAUUACUACCUUUACUGCAGCCAGACGUUACCCAAUCCUUUUCAGAAGUCACUGACCAUCUUCCAGAGGUCCCUGACCACCAUGCAGAUUCAGGUCCAAGGCUUGCUACAGUUAUCUGUCUCUAUCUUCCCUACUGCAGAGAGGGAUCUGUUGGGGAUUCAAGGAGUCUUAAAUGCCACAGAAUUCAGCUUGCACCAGCUCACAGCCUGGUUAGACUGCCGGAGUUUGCAUAAGGACUAUCUGGAUGCCCUGGUGGGAUUGUGUUAUGAUGGGGUAGAGGGCCUACUCUACCUCUGCCUCUUUUCCGUGCUGGCAGCUGGUGCUUUCUGCGCCAUGCUGUGCACUAUUCCACGGGCAUAUAUUCUUGUGGCCAGCAGGAACAGAAACUGUGACGACAUAGACGAAGAGGACCCAUUUAAUCCACAGUCACGACACAUGGCCCCAUACAGCACAAGCCGUGCAAAUGUGCACAGCUUCUGCAGCUACAGCAGCAGCUUGGGCAGCCAGAGCAGCCUGCAUCCACCAUUGCCCAUCACCUCCACUGCUCCCCCUCCAGAAUACAUGAAUCAGUCGAUGCUGUUUGCUGGAAAUCCUCGCUAUGAAAAUGUGCCGCUGAUUGGAAGAGGUUCACCACCGCCCUCGUAUUCACCCAGCAUGAGGACCACAUACCUGUCUAUGACUGAUGCCCAGAUACGACACUUUGGAAAUGACUACCAGGUGUAACGUGUGAGUGGCCGAAACCUGAACUAGCCGCAACCGCUCUGGAAAACUCAUAUAUGGUUCGAUGUUUAUCUUUCUGGAUACAUGUCCCUCGUUCUUCUCGUGGAGGAAUUCAAGACCUACAGUCAGUGUUAUUGACCAACUCUGAGGAAGUACUCAAUAGAGUCUAUUCAAAAUCCUCUGAAGAGGAGGCCAUCCAGGCAACCACCAACCACCAUGUAAAUACAACUUUUAAGUCUGUACAGAAAAAAUGUACCAAGAAAGUCAAAGAUAACUGAAAGGCUUGUUAUGGAAAUAAGGGUGUUUGUGUAGCAAACACCCUUAUUUCCAUAACAAGCCUUUCAGUUAUCUUUGAUUUUUUUUUGUGAUGGGAUGAAUUCAUACAGGAACCAAAAUAAAUUCCACCACAAUUCAUGUUCUGCAUUCUAAAGAAUAAUGGUGCUGCUACCUGUUGAGCUUCUGUACAUAAUUUUGUCAUCUCGAUGCAAUGAAGUUUUACUUCAUAUCUAGUCAGUUCAUUGUCAAGCAUUGAGAACUUUAUCACAUGCCAGGACUGUAGGUUUUCCAUGUGUUGAAAGAUCUGAUAUAUUUUUAGGCUGAUAUCUUUUACGCUGAGAUUUAAGAGAAUCUCUGGGUUGAAAAAGCUUUCUGUUACCCAAUGCAAGGUCAAGGCUGAAGCAGGAAAUAUUUUAUUCUAUGUAUGCUGAUGUAAUGAAUGUAUGAAUAUACCUGAGCUCCACGUGUUUUUAUAGACAUCCGAUCUGAAUAAGAAGUUUUACAUCACUCUGUGAAUGACAUGAUGAACAAAACUGAAAUUGUACUUAUACUGUUAAUGAUAUAUAGCCUGAAUUCUAACAAUUAUGAAAUCUUUUUUCUCAGACAUUUUCUAUUGUUUAUGCUUUGGACCAGUUUGGAAAAUGUAAAACUUGUUUGAAUAAAUAAUUUGUUCAUUUUA